UUAUUUUGCGCGAUUCGAAAUUUGAUUUUUAUCGUCAAACGCCAUGUUGUUGUUUCCCGCAAAUGGCCGACGUAAAUCCAGAGGUCGCCAAUUGGCGCGAUAGCGUCUGUACGUAAUCAUGUGUGUCAGUUUUGUGUGUACGUGAUGUUUUUCUAACGUAACAAUUUGUAAAUAAGUGAUUUCUGCGAGCGGAAACUCAUCAAAAAUCAGAAAUGUCUCCGCGAAGAUGAUAAUCAACGAUCUUCUUUGAUCGUUUGCGAGAUAACAUUGGGGGCAAAAUGACACCCAAACGGAAGGCAACUAGCUCGGAAUCUACGUCAUCCACCAGUUCGGGCUCUUCGUCGAGCAGCUCGUCGAGUUCAGGCAGCGAAUCUAGUUCGUCUGAUUCGGAAAACUCCAGCAGUUCCGCUAACAGUCAAAAAGUAUCCGAUACGGAAAGAACCAAGAAGAAGGUGCCGUUUGCAGCCGCUCGUCAUGUCAAGUCCAAAACUGAAACGUUCGUGCCACCUUUGGAGAAUAAGAGCAAGGACAGACCGCCGCCAAAGUCCAGACCGACGGUGUAUUCUUCGGAAUCCGAAGAGUCGCCGACUAAAGCAAAAUCGCCGCAGAAGAGAAAGGCGCCAGCCAAGCCAAAGGCAACCGCCACCGUUGCACCAGUUGUGAAAACACAAAGAUCUCCUGUUAAACCAGUACCUGUAUCAUCGGCUCAGCACAAAACUGCGCCUGUUCCAAAACCUGUCAGCAAGCCCGCUAAAUUUUCUGGUUCCGUAAAUACAAAUAAUAAGAAUCUUGAGAAAUCUGGAAAAACAUUGGAACCAGCUCCAAAAAAAUUUAAGAAAAAAAGCAUAUUCAGUCCGGAGAACAGUAGCGAAAGCGACAGUGGCAUCGCGGCUAAAGUAAGUCCGGUAAAACCCGCGAAUAACGCUGCCAAAUGCUCAAAAAAUCCUCCCGCCAAGGCGAAGUUGAACGAUGCCAAGCAAAAGUCCGCAGUAGCCAGCAGACCUGUUGCGAAACCCGCUGUGCCGCCACAGAAAUCGGACAGUUCCGCGAGCUCGAAAAGUUCUGCCGGUUCGGCGUCUUCGGGUAGUACGGACAGCAGCACGGAUUCGGAAUCGUCCGAGAGCGUAACCAGUUCUCAGCCCCAACCGAAGAAGAAAGAAACAACGCAACCUAGCAGCGCGCCACCGAACAACAACAUCGUAAACGUGCCGUCUAAGAGACCCUCGGUGGCGGUCGCUCCGGUGAAAGCGCAGAAGACAGUUACCAAAAGACAAGGUGCUGUGAAGAGUGACGACGACGAAGACGCGUCCGCGAGUGAGAAGGACGUGGACGAUCAGGAAACGCCGCCUUCGAAAACAGCAGCGAAAGGCAAACGAAAGUUGCAGACACGUAAGGGAAGUAAACAGCUUCAGCUGCAGGCGAAGGCGGCGAGUGAUUCCGAAUCUGAUACCGCCGAAAGCAAGAGAAGCGCGAGCAAAUCGCCCGUCAAACGCGCCGGACCGUCCACCACCGCCAGGCAGUCUUCCGCGGCCGGCGGAAGAUCGACGCAGAAUAGCAGUUCGGCCUCGAACGCUACUGGGAACAAGACAGGCCAGGCUCCAUACAAUCGAGGACGCGCGACGAAGGAACGAGAAUGUCCGCUGGCUGGCUGCGACUCGCGAGGUCAUCUUUCUGGAAAAUUCGAGUCGCACUUCACUCUUGAAGCGUGUCCGCUCUAUCACAACACCACGCCACAGGCUUGUAUAGAGUUUUGCAAAGAAAGAAAAAAACGCGAAGAGGAACGCAAGAAGGCGUUGAGCAAUUUAGCGAAGAAACCCAAGGGCGUUCAUCAGCCCACAACCGAGCAGCAACGCAAUUUUCAGCUUAAGAUACGAGAACUGAGGAACAAGUGGAAAAGCGAAGGCGGUAACGAGAGCGACAGCGGUGGCGAGCUUCAGGGAAACGAGAAGGACAGGCAGCCUCGGUUGAACAAUCUCACACCCGAUUACGACCUGAAACUGUUUAAGGAGUCCCAGGCAGUAGCUAGUGAAAAAAUCGAAAAAGAGCUGAGAGAACUGGACUACGAUGGCGAGGGUAGAAACGGCGGCGGCACGCGGGUCAUAGAGAUGGGAAAAUGGGAAAUGGAGGUCUGGUAUCAGAGCCCGUAUCCCGAGGAGUACAGCCGCGCCCCGAAGCUAUAUCUCUGCGAAUAUUGUCUGAGAUACGCGAAGAGUCGCCAAGUGCUGAGAAGACACAGAGAGAAGUGUCUGUGGAGACAUCCGCCUGGACACGAGGUGUACAGAAAAGACAAAAUAGGCGUGUGGGAAGUGGACGGCAAACGUUACAAGCAGUACUGCCAGAAUCUCUGCUUGUUGGCCAAAUUCUUCCUGGAUCACAAAACGCUUUAUUACGACGUCGAGCCGUUUCUCUUCUACGUUAUGACGAUAAGCGAUUCCGAGGGCUGCCACACUGUCGGAUACUUCAGCAAAGAGAAGAACUCUUUUCUGAAUUACAACGUGUCCUGCAUCCUGACGCUGCCUCCUUACCAAAGAAAGGGUUACGGUCGGCUGCUCAUUGAUUUCAGUUACUUAUUGACGAGGGUCGAGAAGAAGAUCGGCUCGCCGGAGAAACCGCUCUCGGAUCUGGGUCUGAUCUCGUACCGCAGCUACUGGAAGGACGUUCUGCUGCAGUACCUCUGCAAUUUCGGCGGCAAGGAGAUCUCCGUGAAAGAUAUCAGCAAGGAAAUGGCCAUCGACUCGUACGAUAUUGUUAGCACUUUACAGGCGCUGGGUAUGAUGAAGUACUGGAAGGGCAAGCAUAUCAUCCUGAAGAAACAGGACGUGAUCGACGACUACAAGGAGAGGGUGAAGAGACGGGGUCCUGUCAAAGAGAUCGAUCCGGAGUGUCUGAAAUGGAACCCCUUCCAGCCGCCCAAGACGCCCUCCGCCUCGAACUAAGGCCUGUUGGAGCCAGGAGAAGAGCCUUUGGAACUACGCCACCUUCUCUCUCGCCCGAUCUCUCCUCUUCCUCCUAAAACCCACCCUCUUCGCGACGCGACUCGACGAGACGACGGUCGAUCCUCGCGUUCUUCGUCGUCGUCUUCGUCGUCUUCGUCGUCGUUGUCUCCGUCUUCAUCUUGUCGUCAUCGCAUUCAUCCAUGUCCCACGAUCUUUCCGCAGAGGGAAGCCAUAAGCUCUCAGCGCCACACCGACGAGAUUUCACGCCCGUAACGUUUCAAGGCAAGAGCCGUGAAAAUCUUUCCAGGAACUCCCUCGUUUAUGCGGUAUGCGAGAAAGAGAGAGAGAGAGAGAGACGGGGUGAGUAUCACGGCACUUCUAUUGGCGAUAUCGUUAAGGCUCGCCGCCGCCGCAGGGAGGAGAGGACUUGUCUCCGAAGAGGUCGGUUGUCGCGACACGAGGCGCUCAGUUUCGAAGCUCAGAGACCCUGGAAGGCUCGUUCACACUCGUACAAAAGGAAGCAAGAGGUCGACCGGGUCCGAUAAUUCCGACGACGCGUCCUGAAACGCGCGGAGUGAGACUUUAGAAAAAAAAUAAAAAAAAAAAAACACUCGUUGACGAAGG